AUGGGUGCCUACACCUACGUUUCGGAGCUAUGGAAGAAGAAGCAAUCCGAUGUGAUGCGGUUCGUGCUUAGGGUUCGCUGCUGGGAGUACCGCCAGCUUCCCGCUGUUGUACGGGUCACCCACCCAACCCGGCCCGACAAGGCCCGCCGGCUCGGGUACAAGGCCAAGCAGGGAUAUGUGAUCUACCGUGUUCGUGUUAGGCGUGGUGGAAGGAAGAGGCCUGUGCCCAAGGGUAUUGUGUAUGGUAAACCAACCAACCAGGGAGUUACUCAGCUCAAAUUUCAGCGCAGCAAGAGGUCCGUUGCUGAGGAACGUGCCGGAAGGAAAUUGGGUGGUUUAAGGGUUCUCAACUCUUAUUGGAUCAAUGAGGAUUCAACUUACAAAUACUUUGAGGUGAUCCUGAUUGACCCAGCCCACACCACUAUCCGAAAUGAUCCAAGGAUCAACUGGAUCUGCAACCCGGUUCAGAAGCAUAGGGAGCUUAGAGGGCUUACAUCUGCUGGAAAGAAAUACAGAGGUCUCAGAGGAAGGGGCCAUUUGCACCACAAAGCUCGUCCAUCGAGGAGGGCCACUUGGAAGAGGAAUCAGACACUUUCCCUUCGUCGGUAUCGUUAA